GCGAAUGAGGAUGAAGCAUCUCUUCAUUCCAACUGCCUAAUUGAUUCUGAUGGUCUGAGCCAUGGCACUUCCGGGCAUACGGCAACAUUAACGACAGCUGGUCUUUGUUGUGAGACCGGGCAGUCGCCCAGUCUUCAUUCUGAAGAUGGUGGUCCACAUGGUGGUAUUGGUGAUCACCUUGAAGAGUUUUCUGGAGCAUCUGGUUCUGCUGUCGCAAAUCGCAAGAUUGGAAGUUUAUCAAAUCGAGGCAGAAAGCUAGCAAAUCUUGGAAUUGGUGGAUUUAGGGCUAAACCAAAUAAAGUUUCUCAGUAUUUGCUUUUGAAUUAUUUUUUUGGUUAA